AUGGUUGCGAACAACCCUACCGGACGGGACAAACUGCAUCCCGAUGCACCAAAACCCCAACAAACUGAUGCAAGCAGCAGGAAAAGUUUUCUCCGGUCCCUCCGACCCCUGCACUGCCUAUCGACGGUGUUCGGUUUGUGGCCUUUUCUGACCUUGCAAUCGGCGGUCGUACCUAGCGGGCAGCAUGAACCCCUCCGCACCUCACGUUGGUGCUCGUCCUACUCGCUGUUGCUUAUGCUGGCGUACAGUGCGUUCCAUCUUUACAUCAACUACACCGAUUCGUACGGUGCGGGCAUGGGUGCGGAUGGCAGUGCGGAGGUGAACUUUGUGUCGAUCGUGAUCGACAUUUACAACCGGUACUCGGGACUGGUUUUGUUCUGGCUGCUGCAUAUCCUCGCCUUCGCGACCCAGCGCACCCUUGGGGACACAAUUGUCGGUGUCAUGCUGGUGGACGAACAGAUUGAGCAGCGCCUGUCGGUGACUCCCAACCAUUCGCGGUGGUGUCGAUUUAUUUGCCUGCACGUGACUUUUAUUUUCCUCGCCAUCGGCAUCUCCGAGUGGUACAACUGCAUCAUGUACAUGAGCGACUUCAUCCCGGCAUCGCAGUACUGCAUUUUCCAGUGCUUCAUCACGAUGCUGACCAGCUCGACGGUCGAAAUCCAGUAUAUGGCGCUCGUGAGCUUGAUCAAAAGUCGCCUCCAGCUGAUCAACGACCUGCUGGUGCAGUUGAACGCCUACGGGACCGACCAGGAGCGGGCUCAUUACGAGCAGCUGAUGGGUGGUCGCCCAUCCAUUGUCCACCCCGAAGGCUUUUCGACGCCACCGACGGUGAACUUCUUUCUCGAUGAAAUCGUGUCCACGUACGCCGUCCGGCGAUCGGGCACGAUUGAUGCCGCGAUCAACAUAAAUCCCCUCGCCAGACAGUCGUCAACCGGUAAUCCACCGCCAGCGAUUCCCGGCGGCGAUCAACAGAGCUGGCUGAAAAUCAAGCGGCUGCAGCAUAAAAUAAUUACGGUCAACCAGGCGCCUCCAUCGGAGCCCGACGCGGGGAACCGGAGCGCCCGCGGUCCGACUCAAUUUCCGCUCCUGGUGGCCAGCCUGAUGAAUUCUCAAUCGGCAGCGUGCGAACACAUCAGCAUGAAAAUAAUUAAUGAUAUAAAAAAUUUAUACACACAUUUGCAUUUAUUAUCGCUGAAUAUUAAUAAAGCGUUCGGGGCGCAGUUGAUUUUCAUCCUGAUGACGCUGUUCGUCACGCUCACCACGCUGCUCUACUACUGCACCAUGAAGCUGUUCCGCAUGCUCUGGCUCGGACAGCGGGCAUCGCUCGGCGAUUUGAUUACAACGUUCUGGGCAGUCCUGAGCACCCUCUCGUGGGCCUUCAUCUCCACGUUCCGGAUACUGCGGAUCUGCAGCGUGUGUAACUCGGCGAAAAGCGAGGCGCAAAAAAUCGGCAGCCUGAUACAUGGGCUGGGCUGGAAAACAAAUUGCCGCACCACCAAAGCGAUGGUUCGCGUACUAUCGCUGCAGCUCCAGCAGCAACGCAUCGAGUUUACCGCCGGUGGGUUGUUCGCCAUCGAUCACGGACUAAUGUUUAACAUCGUCGGCUCGCUGGCCACCUACCUUCUUAUAUUGAUACAAUUCGAUAUCGCGCAGAAUGGGGCGAAGUGGAAAUCGGACCCAACGGAGCGGCCGGCCGCGGACGGACGCCCGUGA